AUGGCUGAUGUUGCUUUUGCUGCAGCAAUUCGGAAAGUCGCUGACAUACUUGGCAAUCUUCUGGUUGAUGAAGGCACUCGUUGGUAUUGGUUGCAGGAUGACAUUAGGUGGAUCCACACGGAGAUGAGACGAAUUCAAUUGUUCCUAAAAGGUACUGAAGACAUACAGGGCAACAGUGAAGGAGUGGCGAACUUGAUAGAGGAGAUCAGAGAUCUGGGUUUUGAUGUGGAAGACGUUAUUGACACCUUCUUCCCUAAAUUGGCAUCACACAGAAAUAAAAGGUCUCUGGGUUGCCUUUCAACUAAGGUUAGUUGCAACCCAAUCUCCUUCACCUUUACUCGACAUAAGUUUGGAAUGGAGAUCGCAAGAAUCAAGAAAUGGAUUGAAGACAUCAAUCGUGCCCAGACAACUUAUGGCAAUACAGGUAACACCAGCAGAGAAGAAGAGCAGGACCUGAGGCAGACAUUCCCUCAUGUUGAGGUACCCAAUAUAAUUGGUUUCGAAACACAAACUGAGAAAUUGAGGGCCAAACUACUUGAUGAGGAUACACCAUAUUGUGUGAUUUCAAUUGUUGGUAUGCCAGGUUUGGGUAAGACAACUCUUGCUAGGGAAGUUUUUAAUUCUGUCAAACAAGGUUUUCAAUGUUAUGCUUGGGUUUACAUUUCUCAAGAGCCUAGACUGAGAGAUGUUCUGCAAGAUAUAGGGAGACAAGUGGGCUUGGCAAAGGAGAUGCGAGAAGAAAGUCUGGAAGCUAACCUGUUCAAGUUUUUGAGGGAGAAGAGGUAUGUAUUAGUCCUUGAUGACAUAUGGAAACCUGAAACAUGGGAUGCUCUUAAAAAUGCCAUUCCCUGCAAUUCUAACCAUGGCAGUAGAUUAAUCCUCACUUCCCGCGCUAGACAUGUAGGUGUACACAUAGGUGGGGAAAACUCUCUACACAUCAUGGAACCACUAGACUCAGGAAACAGCUGGGAACUCUUUUCUAACAUAGUUAUUAUCUCGUUACAAAAUAUCAAUGGAAGCUUUCGCUCUCCACAAAUGGAAGAUACGGGAAGACAAAUUUUGGAAAAAUGUGGUGGUGUCCCUCUGGCUAUUAUGGUCAUGGGAAGCCACUUGUUGUGUGUAGAAAGGACACUACCUGCAUGGAAGAGGUUCCUGGGAAGCAUGGGCCAUGGACGACCUGGAAUUUCAAAAAUCUUGGCUUUGAGUUACAAAGAUUUAUCCCACGAGUUAAAGCAAUGUUUUCUCUAUUUUGGUCUUUUCCCUGAAGACCAUGAAAUCCCUGCAACUAAAUUGAUUAAUCUGUGGGUGGCUGAGGGAUUUGUACAAACCCGAGGAGAGCAGACACCAGAGGAUACAGGGGAGGAUAAUCUGCACGAGCUUAUCAGUAGGAACUUGAUUCAGGUUGUUAGGAGGAGGUUUGAUGGAAGAGUUAGAACUUGUCGCAUUCAUGAUCUAUUGCGCAACCUUUGUAUUUCCGAGGCCAACAAGAACUUCUUCUUCACAACACAUGACAACAUUGAUUCUACUUAUCCAAAGAGAGUACGUAGACUUACGACCUAUCGCAGUAGCAUCUGUGACUACAUCUCUCUAGGCUGUCACACCCCCAGUCUUCGAGCUCUGCUAUGUGUCAAUAACAAUGAGGAGAUACUUCAAAACAAACAACUUGAAUAUAUACAAAAAGGCUUGGGACUGCUUCGAGUGCUGAGUCUUGAGGGAGUAACAUUCCCACCAACUCUUCCAGAUGCAAUAGGGAAUCUUGUCCAUUUGAGCUACCUUGAAUUGGGGAGAGACGGUCUUGUGAGGCUCCCUUCCACCAUAGGCAAUCUCAAAAAUUUAAAAACCUUGGAUGCUAGACAAUGCAAUAAUCUCGUCUUACCUACUGUUAUGUGGAAGAUGAAAGAGUUACGACACAUUAUCUUGACUCCCAUAGCCACAUUUGAAUAUCAAUCGAAGUCUAUAGGCCAGUUGCAACCAAUUGAAGAUGUAUCUCUUCCAAAUCUUCAAACUCUGCAUAUGAUAAAUGGCAACAUCUUGAAAGCUGACUGCUUGCGCAAAUUUACCAACUUGAGAAAAUUGGGACUUGUUUGUGAUGUUGCACAAGUUACUAUAAUACUAUCAGAUGCCAUGACCAUAUCAGAUAAGCUAGAGAAACUGACAUUGACAGUUUUACCUUCCAAAAAAGGGAAAGAAACUAAGGUGGACCUUUUUAAUGCAGAUACUUAUCCGCUACUCGAUCUCCCUGCAUGUCCAGCACUGAGUUUUUCUGCCUAUCAGAAUCUCAGUAGCCUUUAUCUGGAGGGGGGAUUUAAAAAGCUGUUAGAUUUUCCCACAAGCCUCAUCAAGCUCACUUUGUUGCAGAUUCAAUUGGAAGAAGACCCAAUGGAGACACUGGGAAAGCUUCCCAACUUGAAGAAGCUUUACCUUGGUAGAUUUUCGUACAUGGGACUUAAGAUGGUUAUCUCAGGACCCGGUACCUUUCCUUCACUUGAAGACUUGAUAAUUGAGCUACUGCCUUUAAAAGAGUUGGAAGUGGAUGAAGAAGUAAUGCCGAAACUUAGGUAUGUGAAAAUAAAAUUUGAUGUUACACUAAAGAUACACUCGUCGGUCCACUCAGAUAGAUUGAAAAGAAUAUUUUCCGAAUUUAACGACUACCUCAUGCGUAUGAGUUUUUUGGAGCUGGACCUGGACCUGAAGCAUUUUCCAGGCUGGCUGGAUGAUGAUAUCUUUUUCUUGGAGGAGGAAGAUUUCAUCUUGGAGCCAAGUAAGGAUGCUAAUAAAGGAAAAGAAUUGAUGCCUGAUGAGGUUGCAAAGCAAGACACUGUUGAAGAUCCAAAUGGCAUUUCUAAAAGGCCACUCGAAUUGGGCCAAUGCUCAUCAUCAGGAGGACAAAGUGAAAGUGAACAGAGAAAGAGUGGGGAUGCUAAUUAAAGAAAGGGGAUGAUAAUUGACAGGGAGGGAGAUAGAACAAGAUACUGUUGAAGAUCAAAAGAGUAUUUCUGAAAACUCACUUCAAUUUGGUCAAUGCUUAUUGUCAGGAGAGGACAUAAACAGAGAAAGAGAAGAAAAGAGCUGACAUUGCAUUCAACUGUUCAUUUGUUUGUUUGCAUUACCUCCCAGUUUGGAGCAUAUGACUGAUCUUGCAGAUUUGAUAACCCCUUGCAAGCCACAUGAUCAGGUACGCACCAAUGAAGUUGAAGCAGGGACCUCUUGUUUCAGACCUCUGGCUCCUGUGUAAUGGUCCCACCUGACUAAGCAACCCAAUUGGGUUAGUUGUCUUUGUUAGAUGGCAAAGAACCUAUUAGGCACUUGAAGCUUCUCAAAAGCAAGAGAGAUGAAAUUCUUGCAAUUCUUCAUUUGGACUUCUUAUGCUACACAGGUUCGAGAAACCUUAAGAAUUAAAUGCAUGCAAGAAGAGGUGACAGAAAAAGGAGAGAAGAUCAAGAUAUCAAAUCAUUUCCUCCUACAAACAAUCAAUGCAGAUAAGCUUAAAAGAGAAAAAGGGAGGGACAAAGCACUGCAGUUUUUUCUUCAAAUAGACAACAUCAUAUAUAACUCCUCAACUGCUAACAAACUUGAUAGUUCUAGUCUAUUUGUAAUGUCGAGUCUCCAGGUUGAAGCACAAACUGCCAGAAACUCAAAGAAUUUCAAAGGUUUGUGCAGACUUGUCACAUAGAAAGAAAAGACUUUAUCAUCAAGCCUAAUGUUGAUAUAUCAUAAUCUUCUUCCCAAUACUUCAGCACUUGUAUUUGACACCGUAUCACUUGUACAUAGCUUGUGAAAUUUCUUAGUUAUUAAGGAUGAUCAGAUGCUUGUGACCAAAUACAAACAGUAAAAAAGAAAAAUAAGCCUUGUAUUAUUCAUUUCAAAAUUGUUAAAUAACAAGACAGCUCUUUAUAUCAUCAAAAUCUUUUAACAUAGGCACUGGAAGACUACCUUCCCAAUUUUUUAAACAAUAAGAAGUCCCAAGUAAUUGCAAAAGGUAUGAAAAUGACUUUCAGCUCCAUGAAAACUUCAGGUUAAACUCCACCUCAAACAGGAAGAUCUACCUGGUUUAGCAUUAUCACUGCAUAUCCACUUUCUAUCUAAUGCAUCACAUAAAGCAAGAGGUAUUGGUGAAGGCAAGAGAGCUUGGCAAGGUUCAAAGACCAUACUCUUCAGCAGAUGAAUUCUACUGCUUUUCUGGGUUAUCAGACUCUUCCUUCUCGGGAUCUUCCUCUUCUUCUUCUUCUUCUUCUUCUUUCUUCUCUUCCUCUUCUUCAUCUUCAUCCGGAGGGUCAUAUGGCAAAGGUGGUGGCAAUGGUGUUUUCAUGGGGCUAAACUGGGGGAAUAUAUCUGGUCUACGCCCAGGCUUGGGCCUGUUCCACUCCUGCAUUGAAAAAACAAUAUAGCAUUGGUCAGAUUAUCAGAAAAUGAACAUCUCGAGGGAAAAAGUACUAAAUCAUCCACCUAUCAAGCCUUCACUAGUGUUUUUCAGGUUUUCUAGCCCCAGCACUCACUAAAUAUUCAUAUUGAUCAACAUAAUCAUUUGAGCGAAUCCAUUAGGUCUCGCCUCUCCUGAACAGAGUGAGUAUGACCCAUACCCUUUCAUUGGCUCUCAUAAUACACAAAAUUAAUCAUUUAACAUUGGAGCAUGAAAGCAUAUAUUUGGAAAGCCAUAAGUUGAAUCAACUGCAAAUCGAAAUUUCGAUACACCAGGAAAAUUCUAGCAGGAGCUCAUCCAAAGAAUAAUUUUCCUUGCUCUAUUUUCUUUCAUCAAUCAAUUCAAAAGGUGGAAUUCACGAGGUUUUAAUAAAUACAUAGAAAAGAGAAUGGGAGGACAGAGAGAGAGAGAGAGUUACGAUGGGGAAAUCAAGGGGAUUCCGACGAGUUAAUUUCUCCUCUUCGGGAGCCAUAGAAAGCACUCGCUGCUUCAGCUUACUCCGAUUCUUGUGAAACAUCAUCUGCUUCCUUUGAGGUAUGAAGAGUGGCGUGAGAAUAAGAGAGCACCUGCAGCUGAGAGAUGAAGAAGAUGCAUAACCCAAUUCUAGGGUUUUGGAAGUGAAAGAUGCAGGUGGCAUUAAGAUGCUGCUGCUGAAGGAAGCCAUGG